AUGGCCAACAAAGACAUGACAUUCGCCGCACUUCUAGCCGUAUCACCAAUUGAGAGACAAAUCGAAGUUACGCCAGCCACAGACUUUGGCCCUUCUGUGUUCCUCAACAAAUAUCCUGUUUGCCACCCCAAAGGUACACGAGGGAUCUUCGGUGGUAUCACCAUUGCACAAAGCCUCAGCGCAGCCCAAGAGACUGUGAAAAAAGAGUUCGAUGCCCACUCAAUGCAUUGCACUUUUGUAUUUGCAGGCACUGCGCUCACAACAAUCUGGUACCAUGUUGAGAUAGUGCGAGACGGGAGGACAUUCUGCACACGAGCUGUAAGGGCCAUCCAAGACAAUCGCACAAUAUUCCUUGCAACAAUCAGCUUCGCUCGUCCACCACCGGAGCCAAUCACAAAUAUCCACCAUGCUGAGCGCAAUCCUUUGACGGUGCCAGUACCGCAAGAUACUGGUAUCGGGUCCAAUAGCAAUGAAGAAACACCGGGACUCCCAUACAUAAACCAAAGCGUUGGAAUGCUACACUUCAAUUCUGCUGAUCCAUGUAAUAAACGUAUGCAUCAGUGGAUCAAAGCACGUGGGAAGAUUUCACCUCAAGGUGGCUCACGAGCGCAUCUGGCAGCGUUGGCAUUUAUGUCAGAUAGUUAUUUCCUCGCCGGGAUACCUCAUGCGCAUAAUAUAUGGAGCUUUGUCAACCCUCCAACUACCGAGUCCUAUGACUCCAAUGAACAGCUUGAGAUGCCAUCUCCUAUUCACACCAAGAUACCUAGGCCCCAUUUACAAGGGGGCGGUAGUGUGCCUGCCCAGUCCCAUAGGAUUGGAAUGAUGGUUAGCCUGGAUCAUACCAUUUACUUCCACCAGCCUAAGCGACUAAGAGCUGAUGAGUGGCUUUUGACUGAAGUGAAGACCGAUUGGGCUGACAAUGGCCGUGGAGUGGUAUUGCAAAAGAUAUGGGCCCGAGAUGGUACGCUACUUGCGAGCUGUACUCAAGAGCUGACAGAAAACUGGCAGUUUAACAAGAGCAUAUCUGAUGGUCGUGUCGUCAACAGCUCUGGGGCCUUCGGAGGACCACCAGUACACUUCCAGAUUCUACAUGCCAGGUUUGUGGAGGGACAGGGCGGCAAGGAAAAAUGGGUAGAUGAGCAGACUUAUCAAGAGCUCUUUGCUAUUUGCCAGGGUCUUCCGGGUCCUGCUAGCACGAAGUUGCUUUUCUGCCUCGCCCUAUUACAUGCAGGAUUUAUUCCUGCCCUGCUUGUGUUUUUGCUUUGGAGUCUUCCUGGGGCAAUUGGCAUGUAUGCUCUCUCACUUGGUGUGCAAAACAUGAGUGAAACCCUUCCAAAACCAGUCUACUCCCUACUUUCGGGCCUAAAUGCCUCUACGGUAGGUAUAGUUGCACUUGCAGCCGUUCAGUUGGCCGAAAAAGCCAUUCGCGAUAAACUAUCCCGUAUUCUUGUGAUAUUUGGCGCAUGUGCUGGUCUCUGUUACAAUGCACUCUGGUAUUUCCCCGUUCUGAUGAUUGCCGGUGGCUUCCUCACAAGCCUUUGGGAUGGAUGGCUAUAUCAUCAAAUUCUGAGGGCAAGGCUUGCUUGGAAAAACAGACAUAGUGCUCCACAGGAAGUGGAUGUGUCAAAUGGGGAAACUACAGGCAUGGACUAUGUAACCCUGGAAGAGAAUACAGUGCAAAUGAGUGACACGAUGCGAUCGAGGAGGACGGACUCAAGACCUGACGGACUGCCACAGCAUAUAGGCAACACUUCAAGGCGAACGGAGUCCGCCGAAGAUCCGUCACAACAGCACAUUAUUCGGAUUCGGGUCGGAGCUUUGGUCAUGGUUCUGUUUUUUGCCUCCUUCAUCGGGAUUCUUGUUGCUAGAAGCCAGCUCGCUACACCCCCACUGGUCCUCGACCUCUUUGCUAAUAUGUACCUUGCUGGUACAGUCAUCUUUGGUGGAGGUCCUGUUGUAAUUCCCCUUUUACGCUCUUAUGUCGUCGAUCCCGGUUGGGUCUCUAGCAGAGACUUCCUUAUCGGCCUUGCCAUUAUCCAAGCUUUUCCCGGUCCUAACUUCAACUUUGCUGUCUUCUUGGGGGCGCUAGCACUGCAGCGCUCGCGCUUCCCUACCGUUCUCGGCGCAUUUCUCGGCGCUUUGGGAAUCUUCUUUCCAGGGAUCACGCUGGCCGUUGCAAUCCAAAGUUUCUGGCGUGUAUUGCGGAAGAGGAAGUAUGUGAUUGACUUCCUAAGGGGAGUGAAUGCUACAGCGGUUGGGCUAGUAUUUACAGCUGUAUACCGGUUGUGGGAGAUUGGAUAUUUGACUGCCGAAAGAAGCGACGGACAGAGUCUGGGCAAGGAACCGUGGUGGGUGGUUGUUGCGGUGGUAACCUAUGCUGGGAGUGCAUGGUUCAAUGUGCCUCCACCCGUUGCGAUUGUAAUGGGUGCUAUCUUAGGGCUAUGCUGGUAUGGAGCUGUGGGGCAAUAG